AGCACAGCCAAUGGGGGAGAUUUUAUUUUGGCGCUGAGACACAGGCCUCAAGCAGAAGGGCUUUUGUUACAGCUAACGUUAGAGGGAGCGAGACUUCUAUAAUAAAAUAUAUGGGAGCCGAAUUUCCCUGGGUCUGCAGGAGCAUCCCGCAAAAACACGGGGCCUCUCCCGAUUCUACAGCCACACGUCCUAUCAUGGGGAUCGACAUACGACUGAUCUAGCCCCAUUUUUUUCUCCAUACACCGGAUUAGAUCUAAGAAACGCGGAGUCAUAGGUCUUUGUGUUGAUAUAUUUAUGUUAACUGCAGCGGGAGUCCAGAUUAUUUGGUGUAUUUGUUUAGAAUGGAACACGCUGAAGCAGGCCCUGUAAGAAAAAGGGAAACUUAAGGAUGCUGGAGCAGAACAAUGGAUUUCUCCUUCUCUUUCAUGCAAGGGAUCAUGGGAAACACAAUUCAGCAACCCCCUCAGCUUAUUGACUCCGCUAACAUCAGACAGGAGGAUGUCUAUGAAGCCAUCAGUGACCCAGGAGAUGAUGGAGGACAGCAAAACUUUGAGUCUCCUUUGGAGUCGGGCUUUCCUUACCCUGCUGAAGACCUCCCAGUCAUUACAAACGGCUACCCGACAGGCGUAGGUACCUAUGAGCAACAGGCCAAGUUUGCCUUGUACUCUCAGUUCCCCAACGGCUCCGCUAAUGGCUACGGCGCCAUACGAAACUAUGGGGAUCACGGUUUGCUGCUUGGUGAAGGCACUGUAUUGAGACCACCAGUGGUCCAGGAGAAGCCUCCAAGCCACAUCUCACCUCCACCUCAUCCCCAUCAUCACCACCACCAGCCUCAUCAUCCUCCUCACCAUCACCACCACCACCAUCAGCAGCAGCAACACCAACACCAUCCACAAAACCCACCACUGUUACCUCACCACCAUCAUCCGCCUCCUGCUUCUCACCUAAUGCCUCAAGUCUUGCCACCCCCUCCUCCAAUGCUCUUGCCCUCUUCACCGCCCCUCCUUUCACCUCAAGAAAGCACCAUCUCCAACCCCAUCGCACAAUCCACCAACACUCCCAAAAAGACCAGCUCCCCAGAGAUCAAAAUAAAGAUCAUUAAAACCUACCAGAACGGCAGGGAGCUGUUCGAGUCCUCACUGUGCGGCGAUCUGCUGCAAGAGUUUCAGGCCGGCGAGGCUUCCAGAAGACAUGAGCAAAAGAAGGAGAAGAGGAAAAAGAGAAGCAGCAGACAUGGUGCUGGUCAAGAAGAGAGCCAGCAGCCAUGCAAAGUGGAAGAGCGGUCAGGGGUGGUUCAAAACUCCUCACAGCCCAACGAAGCUCAUGUCGCGUUCAGAGAAGAGCAACCUUCUUUGACCCUCAAAAGCCCCAAAGCAGAACUGAAGGAACAGAAAGUUGAAAAGCACUUUCCUUCGGUCAUCACUAGCACCGGCUCUUGUCAAGAGUAUGAGAUCGGUGACUUGGUGUGGGCAAAGGUUGGGACGUACCCUUGGUGGCCGUGCAUGGUGUCGUCAGACCCUCAGUCAAGUGUUCAUAUACGACUAAAUAAAAGAGGUGUUAAGGAAUACCAUGUGCAGUUCUUCGGGAGUGUCCCUGAGAGGGCUUGGAUCCAUGAGAAGAGAAUUGUGGUGUACAAGGGUGAGAGUCAGUUCGAGGAUUUGCAAGCAGAAACACUCCGGAAAGCAACCAACCCAACUGAGAAACAAAAGUUGCUGAAGCCUCAGUCCCAGAAGGAGCGUGCCCAGUGGGAAGUGGGUGUGGGUCACGCAGAAGCCGCUCUGCAGAUGACACGAGAAGAACGCAAUGAGAACUACACCUUCAUCUACAUUGACAAGGAACCCAGUGCUGCUGCUGCUGCUCCUGCUGAUGACACCGUGACCUCACCUAGGGCGACCAGUAAAAACCGCCCCGAACGCAAGCAGAGACGCUCUAAAGGCAGUGCUGGAGCGAAAGAAGAGCCCAUACCUCGUCGGCAGCAGCCACGGAGGCAGUGCAGCAUCAACAGUAGUGGAGAAACAUCAUCUCCCAAUCAGGGAGAGGAUGAUAUGGACCAAGAGCAACCCCACAGCCCUGCAAAACCUGACCCCCACCCCAAGGAAACCUCCCCACCUCCAGUCAGGACACCCUGGAAGACCGCCGCAGCCCGCAAGCUCCUCCCACUCUCCAUUACUAUGAAGAAACUAAACGUGGAGAUCAUCAAAUGUGAUUGGCAGCUCCCAAAGCAAAAGUUGGACUUGCCUAAAAAGACGGAGAGUGAGGAGAGGACCAGCGAUCAGGUCCAGUCACCUGAGGGCUCCAGUGAUAAGGCAGAGGCAGAGACGUGUUCCAGUGAAGAAGAGCGAGCUGCGUCUCCCUCAGCCUGGAGUGACCAGGAGAGCACUGAGCAAUCCACAGAGAGAAAGCAGCAGCGCCGGUCUGUGCGAAGCCGUUCUGAUUCGGAGAAGAGUAUGGAACCAGUGCCAAAAAAGAAAGUGAAGAAAGAACAGACUGAAGCAGCACCUCAAAUGGAUUUCAAAACAGGGUCACAAAAAGGUGCCAGUGAGAUCUCAGACUCGUGUAAACCAUUGAAGAAACGCAGCAGAGCAUCUACUGAUGUGGAGAUGGCCAGCUCACUGUACAGAGACACUUCCGACUCUGACUCCAGAGGCCUCAAUGAUCCACAGACUGGGUUCGGGAAGCGCUCGGACAGUCCUGCUACAGUAGAUGCUGACGGAUCUGAUGCGCAGUCCGUGGACUCCAGCCUGUCCCGUCAAGGAGGAAGUUCCUCAAAAAAGGACACAGUCUGCCAUGUCUGUGAAACAUUCGGGGAUUCUUUGGUGAGCUGUGAGGGAGACUGUAACAGGCUGUUUCAUCCAGAGUGUAUUGGAUCUAACAGUGGAACAGAUGGAGAACAACUGUGUCAGGAGUGUAAGACAGGUUCCCACCCUUGUUUCUCCUGCAAGGUCGUGGAGGGUGACGUGAAGCGGUGCUCAGUGAACGGUUGUGGCCGCUAUUAUCACGAAACAUGUGCCCGCAAGUACACUGGCACCACCACCGAUACUAGAGGCCUCCGCUGCCCUCAGCACAGCUGCGCCACAUGCUGUCUCGACAGAGACCUUCACAGAGCUGGCAAAGGCCGUAUGAUGCGAUGUAUCCGCUGUCCGGUGGCGUAUCACACAGGAGACGGCUGUGUGGCGGCUGGCAGCGUGUUGAUAACACCCCACAUCAUCAUAUGUAGCAACCACUCCAGUUCCAGGAAGAACGGACACUUUUCCUCACCUGUAAAUGUAGGCUGGUGUUUCAUCUGUGCUCGAGGGCUUUUAGUGCACGACCGUACUGACACCAUAUUAAGUUCUUAUACCUUUAAGUCGCACUACCUUCUGACUGAGUCAAAUCGUGCUGAGUUGAUGAAAUUACCUAUGAUUCCUUCUUCUUCGUCAGCUACCAAAAAGAAUAUUGGGAAAGGAGGAAGACUGUUGUGUUGUGAGGCGUGUCCCGCCUCAUUCCACCCCGAGUGCUUGAACAUGGAGAUGCCAGAGGGGACGUGGCUGUGUGGGGAAUGCCGAGCAGGCAAGAAGCCCCACUAUAAGCAGAUAGUCUGGGUCAAGCUGGGCAACUACAGGUGGUGGCCAGCUGAGAUAUGCAACCCUCGCCUGGUUCCCUCCAACAUCCAGACCUUGAAGCAUGACAUUGGCGACUUUCCAGUCUUUUUCUUUGGCUCCCAUGACUAUUACUGGAUAAACCAGGGCAGAGUUUUCCCGUAUGUUGAGAGCGAUAAGAACUUUGCAGAGGGACAAGUUGGCAUCAAUAAGACGUUUAAAAAAGCACUUGAGGAGGCAGCAAAAAGGUUCCAGGAGUUAAAAGCACAGCGAGAAACUAAGGAGGCCCUUGAACAAGAGCGAAACUCUCGUAGACCUCCACCAUACAAACUUAUCAAGUCCAAUAAGCCAGUUGGGAAGGUGCAGGUGCACGUCGCUGACCUCUCAGAGAUCCCCCGCUGUAACUGCAAACCCACAGAUGAGCGUCCGUGCAGCCAGGACUCUCAGUGCCUGAACCGCAUGCUGCAGUAUGAAUGCCACCCGCAGGUCUGUCCCGCAGGAGACCGCUGCCACAACCAGUGCUUCUCCAAACGCCUCUACCCCGACACUGAGGUCAUUAAGACCACCGGCCGAGGAUGGGGCCUAAAGACCAAGCAGGACCUCAAAAAGGGUGAUUUUGUCAUGGAGUAUGUUGGCGAACUGAUCGACUCCGAGGAGUGCAAGCAACGAAUAAGACAUGCCAAUGAGAACCAUGUGACCAACUUUUACAUGCUGACCCUCACAAAGGACCGUGUGAUUGAUGCUGGACCCAAAGGGAACUUGUCACGCUUUAUGAACCACAGCUGCAGUCCCAACUGUGAGACUCAGAAGUGGACCAUAAAUGGAGAUGUUCGGAUAGGGCUCUUUACCUUGUGUGAUAUCGCUGCUGACACGGAGCUGACCUUUAAUUACAACCUGGACUGUCUGGGUAAUGGGAGGACAUCAUGCCACUGUGGGUCUGAGAACUGCAGUGGUUUUCUUGGAGUCAAGCCCAAGAGUGCAGUGGUUAUGGAGAGAGAAGAGAAGGUGCGCAAUGCUAAGCUCAAGCCCAAGAAAAAGCUGAAGACUGAGAGCAAACAGACCCAUGAGUAUUACUGCUACAGCUGUGGAGAGGGAGGAGAGCUGGUCAUGUGUGACAAAAAAGAUUGUCCAAAGGCAUACCAUCUCCUCUGCCUCAACCUGACCAAACCUCCAUACGGGCGAUGGGAAUGCCCCUGGCAUCAGUGCAGUGUGUGCCAGCGCACCGCCGCCUCCUUCUGCCACUUCUGCCCCGCCUCCUUCUGCCGAGAGCACGAGCGAGGACAGCUGGUAGUGUCUGCCCUGGACAACCGGACCUGCUGUUCAAACCACGACCCCCAGAGACCCUUAGGGCCUCAGGCUAGCCCUAGCCAGAUCGCUGUAAAGAAGGAACCACUCGAAGCCGGAGAGGAGGGCGACGGCAAUGAGGAGGAAGACGACGAUGACGAGGGGGGAGAGGGAGAGUGAUUGGGCCAAAGCAUAGAGGAAGCAUUGCAAAACCACAUCAAAGUACAUGAAAGUUCAAACUACAAUGAACCGUAGAGUAGAUACAUGCAGCUAGCUGGUCCACUUUUCAAUUAAACCAAGUGGACUUGAUAAACUGGUUUGAUUCAUUCCAAAUCUACAGCAGCUGGUAUGAAUUUUUUGAACAUAUCACAAUUUACGGCCUCAUGUCAAAUUCAUACGGGCUUAUAUAACAAUGGUAAGCUACUCAUUUCUGGUUUUAUAAGCAAAAUUUCACAGCUAAUUCUCACAGUUUUUCAGAUGUGCUCAAUUUCGGCAAAAGAAAAAAACUUCUCGGUUAAAACGACGCCUUUCAGCGGCAAAGUCAGUUUCCACAUCUAUGGUACUUAAAAACACUCUAUAAACACUUUAAACCAAGAACUUUAUUUAUGUACCUCAUGUAUAUAGCAAAGACUGUGGUAAUAUGUGUCGGGCGCAACCAUUCGCCCCUCGCCGGUAGGAUUUCACUACAUUUCUGAAUAUGAACCUGUCGUGCUAACAUCUAUAGAAAAAAAGAAAAAGAAAAAAAAAGAGUGAUUCAAAAAAACAUACGAGGUUUGUUCAACUGCCGCCCCAUUCCAGUGAGUUUGUGAUUUGUAAGAUAUAUAUAAUCAUUAAUAUAUUUAUGUCGAUGUUUACAUCCAUUCACAAUGUACAGUAUUAUUCAUCUGUAUUAGUCAAUUUGAUAUCACUAAUCGUAUUGUUGUAAAUGUGCCCUUUUUGUCAGCAAAAUUGCAUUAUUGCUUGGCCGGUACUGUAUUGCCUUCAUCUUUCGUUCCAUCGAGUAGCGACGCAGCAUAAUUCAAAGUUAUAAGUGUUAGAAAUAACUAUCGGUCACCCAAGAAGAUCAGUUCUGACGUGUACAAAUGGUAACGUUUGAUGGUGUAGAGUUAAGCCACAAAUACUCCAACACUGCCAUGAGUCUUAAACGAAUAUUUACCAUUGUGAGUAUUGAACAGGUGCCAGUGUGUAUAUCAACUAUGAAGACCCAUAUCAUUUUUCUGAGCAGCGCUAGUUGUGAGACUGUGAGUACAAUCUUUAAUUGUGAUUUCUUUUUCUUUUUUUUCUGUUUCCCAAGUGUAAAUAUAAUCCGAUUUACUGUUAUGUUUUGUUUUCAGUAGUUGAGAUUAAUAUUUCACACCUAGUACAUUGCUGUACAGUCAAGACUCAUUUCAAAGGUAUCAAACCGUACCUUAACCGCACACUUUCAUUUAUCUCAUCGGUUACGUUCGGAUGUAUUAACGCGUGCUACUUCGCUAAAACCGAACUGUCAUGUAACGUGGGAGGGCUGUACGAUUUACAGCAGAGUGUAGCAUAAUCCUCUCUGUGACUGUACUUGAUGUGAAUCUACUUAAACUCAAUAGCUUUGAUGCCUGUGCUGUAAAGUGGAGCUGUUACUCUCUUGUUACUGGUAGCUGUGCGGUCGUGCUGUGCCACAGUUUGCACGGAUGAAGAAUCGACGAAUCUCGACGGCUUCGACACAUGGGCUUUGUAUACUUACUCGUUAGUCAUUUCACAUGAACGUUUUUAUAGACCACAGUACAAGUAUUAUACGUGAUGGCACCACCAGUAUGUUUGUCACUUUAUGGAAAGAAGGGAAAGCGCUGCAAGUUCUCAUUUUACUUGAAUCGUGUCCAUUUUGCCUUUGUUCAAGUCUGUAUUUAUUAUUAUUUUUGUCUCGCAAUGGAGUGUUAUUAGUGGAUAUCUGUACUGGAUUCUUGCAUCCGACAGCAAAUUUAAGGAAUUCUGAUGAUUUGACUGCCAAACUGAGAUUUGUACGUUUAUGGAAAUACUGUAUGCUCUUACUUGCAUCUGCGUCUUUGAAACAUGGAAGGCAUUUUGGGUCUCUGUUGUGCGGAAGCCUGUUUCUGCCAUGGAAUAAUUUUUUUUUUUUUUUUAAGUUGACUUUUUCUCACUUUUCGGAAAGAAUUGUGAGGAAAAUUGACAAUUUUGGGUUUAUAUCUCACAAUUCUGCCUUUUUUAAAGUCAGAAUAAAGAAAGUCACAAUUACCUUUUCUGUUUUAUUAUUCUGUGGCAGAAAAGGGUUUCCAUACUUUUGUGUUAUGUUCUGAUAUGUGAUAUUUUUAUAGUUUACAUUUAUUUUUAUAUAGCUUACUUGUAUUUUUUUUAGAGGUCAUAGGCACUUUUGUUCCUGAAACCAGUAUUUGCCCUUACGUUUAUAAUGAAAAUUGUCAAGAAAAUCCAGUUGGCAGGAUGCAAAAGCACAUGUUUUGCCUGGUCUGUUGGUACUAUAUAUUUUUUUUUACUUGUACUUCCAUUUCUAUUGUCUUUAUUUGGCCUUCAUUUACAUGUUUAAUCAGAUAUACAUGAUCACUAGAAAUUGCCAAUGACUUUUUUGGAACGGCUUGUUUGAACCCUCGUGGAAAUUUCCUUUUCUGUUUAUGCAGUGGUUCAGUCACUGAUCUGACUGUAAUUGAUUUGUUGCUAUAUCAGUUUUGCCGUAUCAAAUGUUAAAAGUGUAUUACCUCCAUUGAUUCCAGUGUUUGGUGUCAGUGCACUGUACUUUGUGUACAUUUAUUAUGUGUAUUUGAAGUUAUCAUUAUCAUUUUGUGCUAUCCGAGCAUGUUCUUUGUGUUGCUUAACUAAAUUUACUAAAGGUGGUGUCCUACCAGCUUACACUUUUUGAUUUCUGUGUACUGAUUUCACAUUCCUUUUAAAUAGACUGUUUACUAAUUCUUGCUACUGAGUUACAGAGUUUGUGUAAAGAUUAAUGUGAUAUUGUAAUAUUUUUCACCAUGCGCAUUGAAUCACAUUACACACUCAACUAAAUAAAACUUAUCCUAAAUGA